AUUUCACUUAAAAACAGAAACUUGAUACGGAUGUAAAAGAACGCUACUGCAAUGAACUGUAAGCUAUAAUUAGUGAUUGAGAAAUUAGCUGUGCAGCAUGACAAUAAGUAACCAGAAGGCAAUUUUCAUCGCUGCUGCAUGUGCAGUGCUCGGUAUUGGUAUAGGAGUUUUGAUCGUCGGAAUCCCCAAAAAACUAGAAUAUCAUGAUCAACAUGAUACGAAGUCUGAAUCCGAUGUUGCAAAAUUAUUGUAUGAAGGGAUUAGUCGAAAGAGUUUGGAAGACAGUUUAAGAUUCCUCACAAAGCGACCACACAUUGCCGGCAGAGACGUUGAAGAAAAUGAUUUGGUGAAAUAUGUCUCUGACAGCUUUAAAAAAUCUGGCCUCGAAGUCGAAAUUCAUCCAUACAAAGUUUUAUUGUCUUAUCCAAAUAAAACUGAUUCGAACUAUGUCGCGAUACUGACCAAAAUAGGCAACGAAUUAUUCAAAAGUCAACCGAAGGAAAAAAUAUUGGACCAAUCUCAAAAUAGCAGCGAUGUUGUCAAUCCAUUCAAUGCUUAUUCCCCAGCUGGUGAUCCAGAGGGACAUCUUGUUUACGUUAAUUAUGGUCGUGUUGAGGAUUUCCAGUUGAUUCGAAAAAACCUGUCGAUCGAUUUGAAAGGAAAGAUUUGUAUUGCAAGAUACGGAAAGAUAUUUCGAGCAGAUAAAGUUUCGCAUGCGGAAGAAGCUGGCUGUAUUGGUAUGAUAUUAUAUUCGGACCCGAAUGAAUACACAAUAGCUGGCAAAGGAGUAUAUCCAGAUGAAUGGUUUCUGCCUGGUACUGGAGCACAGAGAGGAACGGUGUUUCUUGGUGACGGAGAUCCAGAAACACCAAAUUAUCCUUCCAUAGAUUCUGCCUGGCGCAUAUCAGAGGAAGAACUCAUGGUCCCAAACAUACCUGUUACACCUCUUGGGUACGAUGAUGCGCAGAUGUACUUAUCAAGAUUGACUGGGCCAGUGGCACCAAAAGAUUGGCAGGGAAGGUUGAACAUAACUUAUCGUCUGGGACCUGGUUUUACUGGUGAACACGCAGAAAGUAAAAUUAAAAUGCAUGUAAACACGAGAAACGAAAGAGCAAUAACUCACAACGUCAUCGGAUAUAUUCGCGGAACCGUUGAAGCAGAUAGAUACAUUAUAAUUGGGGCUCACAGAGAUGCAUGGGUGUUCGGCUCAAUAGACCCAUCAAGUGCACAAUCCAUAUUGUUAGAAUUGGGUAAAGCGUUUGGAACCGCUGUUAAAAAUGGCUGGAAGCCAAGAAGAACAAUUAUGCUUUGUAGUUGGGGAGCCGAAGAAUAUGGACUCAUGGGAUCGACUGAAUGGGCGGAAGAAUUCCAAAAAAAUCUUGCAUCUCGUGCAGUAGUCUAUAUAAAUGCAGACACGGCGAUUCUUGGCGGCUACACCUUUCACGCGGGAAGCAUUCCUAGUCUUGUUGAUGUAAUAUUCAACGUCACUGCAAGUUUGCCAAAUCCCGAAAACGCGGAGGUUGAAGCAGGAAGGAAAACAAUUUAUGAUACUUGGAAAAGACGUUGGCCAGCGAAUCCAAAAGAUGCCAACUCAAAGCCAUUUAUUCGACAACUUGGCUCGGGGAGUGAUUAUACUGCUUUUUUGCAAAUUCCUGGAGUCAGUGUGGUGGACAUUGUAUACGUGGGUGAUAUACGACAAGGACUCGACUUUUAUCCAGUCUAUCAUUCAGUUUACGAAACCUUCGACUACAUGAAGAAAUUUGUAGAUCCGGAUUUUACGUAUCACCAGGCACUCGCGAGAGUUAUGGCGGAACUGGGAAGAAGAUUCGUCGAUGAUGUCAUAUUGCCGAUGAACAUGACGUACUAUGCAGUAAUGCUCAAUAAACACAAAAAUGAAUUGAUAAAAAAAUAUGGUGAAAAUAUGAAGGAGCAUGGCAUCGACUUAGAUGUUCUGAAAAAAUCCGUCUACGGUUUUGAAACAGCAGCUAUACAUUUUCACAAACGGAUAAAUAAUAUGGAUGAUCGAAACAGUUCCUUAGAAAUAAGAGCCGUCAAUGAUCAAUUAAUUCAACUGGAAAGGGCUUUUAUCGAUGGAAAAGAUAUUGGCGGAAACUCUGCACACAAACACGCAAUUUAUGCACCCAGCCAACACGACCGAUAUUCAAGUACUGCUUUCCCUGGCUUAGUCGAUUCGAUGUUUGACAUUGACGCAGAUCCGAAUCAAUCAGCAAGAUGGGAAAAGGUCAAAAGACAGUACUCUAUUGUUGUAUAUCACAUCGGUUCUGCUGCAUCAACAUUGGCUGAUUUCACUCCAAUGAAAGGGGCAUCGAAUAAAUCAUGAAAGACAUUUACAAUAGGGUCACCAUAUUAAAAAAAAACAUUCCGGACAGUGCAUGACUAUUUUCAUG